UUGGUUACAGUCUGACCAAGGGUUUUACUCGUUCGGAGCCGCUCUGGAAACAAUACCCUGUGAGCCGAUCGUCGCGGACUUUGGGCAUGUCAGCUUCUGCAGCCACUGACGAUGGUUCUUUCUGAGAUGGCAUCUGUGAUUCUGCUAUUUAGAACUUAAUGAAGUUGGGGACUCUGCGACAAUGUGGAGAAAUCAUGUCAGAAAAUGUGGUUUGUACUGGGGCUGUCCAUGCGGUAAAGGAAGUAUGGGAAAAAAGGAUAAAGAUCAUCAAUGAAGACCUGAAGCGACAGAAGGAAUUUCAGCAGAAGCUCGUGCAGAUCUGGGAGGAACGCGUGAACUUCACCAGGCUGAAAGGAAAGGUCACCAGGGAAAACGGGAGAGUUAUUCUGAAGAUAGAACAAGAGGAGUGGAAGACCCUUCCUUCUUCUCUGCUGAAACUGAGUCAGCUACAGGAGUGGCAGCUGCACAGAACUGGGCUGUUGAAAAUCCCUGAAUUCAUCGGAAGAUUCCAGAACCUCAUUGUGUUAGAUUUAUCUCGAAACACAAUUUCAGAGAUACCUCGAGGGAUAGGACUGCUUACUAGACUUCAGGAACUGAUUCUCAGUUACAACAAAAUCAAGAUUGUCCCCAAGGAACUGAGUAAUUGUGCCAGCUUGGAGAAGCUAGAACUUGCUGUCAACAGAGACAUAUGUGAUCUUCCACAAGAGCUCAGCCGGCUGCUAAAGCUCACUCACCUGGACCUGAGCAUGAACUGCUUCACCACCAUCCCUCCUGCUGUGCUGAACAUGCCCGCCCUCGAGUGGCUGGACCUGGGAAGCAACCAACUUGAACAACUUCCGGAUACCAUAGAAAGAAUGCAAAAUCUACAUACAUUAUGGCUGCAACGGAAUGAAAUAACAUGCUUGCCAGAAACCAUCCGCAACAUGAAAAGUCUGGGCACUCUUGUUCUCUGCAACAAUAGACUGCGAGAUAUUCCAGUGUGCAUGGAAGAGAUGACCAGCCUGAGGUUUGUCAACUUCAGAGACAACCCACUGCGCCUGGAGGUGACACUCCCCCCCCUCGAGAGCACGGAGGAAGAGGAGGAACAGGAACUGUUUGGCCUUCAGUUCAUGCACACCUACAUCCAGGAGUCACGGAGAAGAGCGGGUGAGACCGAUGACCCAGUCAACUGCGUGACAACUUUCCCAAUCUCUGAAAGUCCUGACGGGUAACAGAUCUCAAGAUGCCCUGCUGAAGAUUACUUUGGAAU